GAUUUUUCUGAUUAGAACUUUGAAUUUGACAUUUUAGCAAACAAAAUAAUAACAAAGUGUUUGUUGACUUGUUGAGAAAAUUAAGAUUAGAAUAAAUACCUGUUUUAUCAAGUUUAAGCUGUUGUAAAGUUGUGUUAUACACAUACACAGUUUGUGGCAGUAAGCUAUUUCUGCAUUGCCAUCUCUAUAUCAGAUUAUGACACCCCUGAAAAAAGAAACGAGAAGGAUCCAUCGAUAUUGUAAUGAAGAUUUACAACAGGCUCUCAUCGACAUACGCAAGAAAGGAAGAGGAGUGAGAGAGACGUGCCGGAAAUAUGGCAUACCGCGAACUACUGUACAAGAUCGGCUGAGUGGCAAGAUGUGUGACGACAUGAAACAGAAGGGACCUGAUCCCAUACUAGGAAUAGAAGGCGAAAAGCGGGUCGAAGAUUGGCUUUUAAAUAUCACUAGGCGUGGCUUCCCAAUCAAAAAACAAGAUCUGCUAGAAACUGUCCAAAAAAUAAUGAAAGUCCACAAGAUUAAAAAUCCUUUUAAAAACGAUUGUCCAGGAAAGUCAUGGUACCUUAAAUUUUUAAAGCGACAUCCUCACAUAGCCUUGUGUAGAGUCGAGGGGAUCAACAAAGCGAAGGCGCCCGUCACUGAACAAUCUAUAAGAACAUGGUUCGAUGAAUUGGAAACCUUCUUGGCUGAAAGUAAUAAUCAAGGUAUUUUAGAAUGCCCAGAACGCAUUUUUAAUGGAGACGAAUGUGGUUUUUCUUUGUGUCCUAAAAGCGGUGACGUUUUAUUACCGCGAAGAUUUCGAAAUCCACGUAAAGUUAAGCCGGGCAACGAAAAAAAUAUUUUAACAAUAUUCGUCACGGUUAACGCUAACGCGCAGGUGUCUCCUCCGCUUGUUGUUUUACCUCAUGUGCGCCCUCCACGAGCUGUUGUGGACAGCCUGCCUGAACAUUGGUGUCUUGGGAAGUCGGACAGUGGAGUCACGAGGUCCGAUGUAUUUUUUGAAUAUAUCACUAACGAUUUUAUUAAUUGGGUGGACCGCAACUGUAUACAAAAGCCAAUAUUGCUGCUGCUGGAUAGUCAUAGGUCGCACAUGUCACUACACCUGAGUACUAUCUGCGAACAGAACGGUAUAAUUUUGUAUGCUACUCCACCAAACACUAGCCACACGCUUCAACCAGUAAAUGUAAGUGUUUUUGAGCCAAUGAAAUCAUCUUGGCCAUCGGUAGUAGGAAACUUUUUAUCGAAACCUGAAAAUGUAAACUCGCGCUUAAACAAAACAAAAUUUUGUCAAAUGUUUCGAGACAUUCUCGAGGAUCCAAGUAUGGACGCUACUAUUAAAAACGGAUUUAGACAAUGCGGGCUUUUCCCAUUUAACCAAGAUGCUGUUGAUUACACCAAAUGUGACCAGAAAACUACUUAUGUAUAUGUUAGCAAUUAUUUACAAAACUCCCUGAAAAAUGAGAGCAAUGACCCCUUAUCCACUUCUGAAGAUAUAACUAAUGGGGAUAUUGUAUCUACAAGAAAAGUAAUAAAUUGUCUAAGAGCAAAAUUAAAUGAAAAACGGAUUGAUGUUGACGUUAUUUUAGAAGAAUUGCGAGAAUUAGAAACACAAAUUAAUAAACAAAAUAAUAAUUCUGAAAUGGAAUCAGAUAGGUUAGUGGAUUAUUCAUCUACUAUCAAAAUGGAUAUAGAAUUAUACGAUUGGCAUCAAGACAUCGAAAUAAAACAAUGCAAGACUGAAUAAUUGUUGUUCCGUGUAAUAGUAAAUAGUUCCUGUUAUUGGGAAAUACUUCUCCAGAGUAGCUACUCUAAGUAGUAAGUAGCUACUUACCUACCUAAUUAACGAACAA